UACAAUCGCAGGGGUUCAGCAGAUCCCCGAAAGUGAAAGCAUUCUGAAUCAGGAAGUGCCGGGAGUUAACAUGGCUUCGAAAAGAAAGGCCGAGAGUUGGACCGAGGAGGUAUUUUGUUCCAUCUGCCUGGAUUUCUUCACCGAUCCGGUUAUUCUGGAGUGUGGACACAACUUCUGUCGCUCUUGUAUCACACAGUGUUGGGAAAGGGAGCAGAGAAACUCCUGCCCGGAAUGUAGAGAGGAGUUUGCUGACCGCACCCUCAGGGUGAAUCGGGCCUUAGCAAAUCUGGCUGAAAAAGCUCGAAAUCUAAACCUGAAUCCGAAAGGGAAGGAAAGUAAACUUCACUGCGAGGAACAUGAGGAAGAACUGAAGCUGUUUUGUGAAACGGACAAGACACUGAUCUGUGUGAUCUGUGCAGUUGCGCAGAAACACAGAGAACACCGCUUCAUGACGAUUAAAGAAGCUGUUAAAAUCUACAAGGUUCAGAUAAAAUCUUCCUUAGACUCUCUCACAAAAAAGAAAUCAGACUUCCAGGAAAAGGAGCAGCAACAGAAAGAGAAGAUUUCCGGAGUUCGGGAACAGUCACACAGCCUUCAGUCCCACAUCACAUCCCAGUUUGCUGACCUGCACCAGAUUAUCACUGAGAAAGAGCAGAGCUUACUCAGGGAUCUCAGGGAAGAAGAGAAGAGGAUUCUUAACACAAUGGAGAAAAACCUUCUUAAGAUUCAAGAGAAUAUAAGGUUUAUUCAGGAGGAAAUCACUAAGUUAAAGGAACAGAUGGAUCGUAAAGACGGUGUGAUAUUUCUGAAGCUCCAUGUACCUGUGUGGGAGUCUCUUGAAAGACCGUAUCGCAUCCGCCUCCACCUUCGUUGCCGGCAGCUCAUUCCACCCAUUUCAAACACUUACCCGACAUCGCCUCCGUACUACUUCCAAGCACCUGUGUCCUCUCGUGUUCGCCAUAAUGAGGAGGAAGCUCGUCGGAACAGAAGAAUCAGUUACGAUCUCCAGGAAUUGUCAGUGACAGAUGAGGCCCUACCGGUUGAAAAAUUCGAUCACCUCUAUUUGUUGAACACAGUGCUGAGAGAAACGCUUGAUGCUAUUAAUCGAGUCUCUGUCACCCUGGAUGUGGAAACGGCGAAUCCGGGUCUCGAGGUGUCUGAGGAUCGGAAGAGUGUGAGAUGGACCGGGACCUGGAGGAAUCUCCCUGACACUGGGAAGAGAUUCACAGACUGGAUUUGUGUGCUGGGAUCGGAGGGAUUCACAUCGGGGAGACAUUACUGGGAGGUGGAGGUGACGGGGAAUCGGGUCUGGUGUCUGGGAGUCGCCGCAGAGUCUGUGGAGAGGAAGAGAUCGGUCAGUCUGAGUCCGGAGACCGGAUUCUGGGUCAUCAGGCGGGUUGGUGACGUGUUACAUUGGGAUUGUGACGUGUCCGGUCGCCCCUUCCCCGGGUCCCGUCUCGCUGCCGGUCCCAUCCCCGGGAGGGUGGGAGUUUAUCUCAGUUACGAGUCCGGGACAGUUUCAUUUUACAACGCGGAGACCAAGUCCCAUCUCCACACCUUCACUGGGAAUAAAUUCACGGGGAAACUUUAUCCUUUCUUCCGGACCGGGGAUGUGAACCAGUGGCUGAGAAUCUGCUCCGGUUCCGCUCCGGGUCUGUAAACCGGUCGGGUCCCGGGACCGGCGUCAGGAGUAAAGUCCCUGUAAAUAUAAAUGUGCGGAGAGUGCAGCUAAAUACGUGGCUAAGGGGAUGGUGCAGGAGGGAGGGCUUCAUGUUUCUGGUCAAUUGGGCUUUGUUCCCGGGAAGGUGGGGCCUGUUCCGACGGGACGGUUUGCCCCUAAACUGGGCGGGGGGGGGGGAGGAAUAACAUUCUUGCGGGUAAAUUUGCCAGUGCUGCUCCGGGGAAUUUAAUCUAGAUUUGCAGUGGGAGGGGAACCAGAGUGUUAGAGCAGAUAGUGAGGUGCAGGAGGAUAAGGAACAUGAGAGGACUGCAUGUAUAAACGGAAAUGAUAAAAAAGCGGAUGAUAUACAUAUUCUCAGGUACAUCUAUUUCAAUGCACGGAGUAUUGUCGGUAAAACAGAUGAGUUUAGGGCUUGGGUUGACACGUGGGAUAACGUCAUUACUGCUAUUAGUGAGGGGCAGAACUGGCAGCUUAAUGUUCCGGUAAAAUUGGAGAAGGGCCAAUUUUGUGGAAAUGAAAAAGGAUCUAGGAAGAGUGGAUUGGGAUAAGAUUUUUUUUCUGGCAAGGAUGUGCUCAGUAAGUUCACAGGCAUAAGAAAUUAAAUAGAGAUUGGGUUGGAAAUGUUAUAGCAACUUCAUUUAAUUCAAAAUCGAGAGGAGUUGCAAUUUCGGUUAAUAAAUCUUUACAAAUUAAAAUACAAAAUGUAAUAAUUGAUUCUGUGGGGAGAUAUGUGAUUAUACAUUGUCAAAUUUUUUCAGAAUUAUGAACUUUUAUGAACAUUUAUGCACCAAAUGAAAAUGAUGCAAAAUUCAUACAAGAAGAUUUUUUGAACUUGGCUGACGCAAAUGAUAAAAUAUUAAUAGGCGGAGAUUUUAAUUUUUGUUUAGAUCCAGUUUUAGAUAGGUCAACUAAAGUUGUUACAAAAUUAAAAGUAAUAAAACUAACUUUAUCAUUAAUGGAAGAUUUAAACCUGAUUGAUAUAUGGAGAAUAAUUAAUCCAAGAGAAAGAGAUUAUUCAUUUUAUUCAAAUAGACAUAAAGCUUAGAUGGAGAUUUAAUACAAUUUUAUUUAAACGUCAAGAUUUUUGUGAUUUUAUGAAGAAACAGAUUCAAUUUUUUUUGGAUACAAAUUUACAUUCAGUUGAGGAUAAAAUUGUAUUAUAGGAAGCGAUGAAAGCAUAUUUAAGGGGUCAGAUUAUAAGUUAUACAUCUAAAAUUAAGAAGGAAAAUUGGGAAAAGAUAUCAUAAAGUUAGAAAAAGAAUCUCAAAGAUAUAUGACAGAAGAAAAACAAAGACAACUUGUUAAUAAAAAACUACAGUAUAAUACACUCCAGACAUAUCGUACAGAAAAAAUAAUUAUGAGAACUAAACAGAAAUAUUACGAAUUAGGUGAAAGAUCACAUAAAAUUUUUGCUUGGCAGUUGAGAACAGAACAGGCUUUUAAAACAAUAAAUGCAAUUAGAACAAGUGUAAAUAAGGUUGCUGAUAAACCUUUAGAAAUUAAUGAAACUUUAAUUGUUUUUUAUAUACUGAACUAUAUCAAUCAGAAUCACAAAAUAAGAUUACUGAGAUAGAUAAAUUUUUAUCACAAAUAACCCUUCCAAAAUUCAAUUUGGAAGAACAGAAAGGAUUAGAUAUGCCCUUUACAUUAAAAGAGGUUGAACAAGCUUUAGGAUCACUUCAGAGUAACAAAUCCCCAGAAGAAGAUGGUUUUCGUCCUGAAUUUUAUAAAAAAAAAAUUAAAGAUAUAUUAAUUUCUCCCUUUAUGGAAUUAAUAUACCAAGUGGAAAGAAUGCAUAAACUCCCACAAUCUUUUUUAACAGCGAUCUUAACUGUAUUGCCAAAAAAAGAGAUCCUCUAAAACCAACAUCAUAUAGGCCUAUUUCUUUGUUGAAUACAGAUUAUAAGAUAAUAGCAAAAAUUUUAUCUAAUAGAAUAUCUAAAUAUUUACCAAAAUUAAUACAUAUGGAUCAAACAGAUUUUAUUAAAAACAGACAAUCAAUGGAUAAUCUAACCUGGUUACUUAGUAUAAUUCAUCUGGCACAAAAAAGAGAGGAAAUGAGUGUGGCAUUUGCUUUGGAUGCAGAAAAAGCAUUUGAUAGAUUGGAAUGGGAUUUUUUGUUUAAGGUAUUGGAAAAAUAUGAGCUAGGAAAAUCUUUUAUACAAUGGAUUAAAACCUUAAAUACUAAUCCUCAAGCUAAAGUAGUUACAAAUGCUCAGAUUUCAAUACCAUUUUGCUUAACGAGGUCAACUAGACAAGGCUGCCCGUUAUCACCUGCUUUAUUUGUAUUGGCAAAAGAACCAUUAGCUGAAUUAAUUAGAACAGAUUCAGAUAUUGGCGGUUUUAGAGUUAAUCAAGAAGAAUAUAAGAUUAAUUUAUUUGCUGAUGAUGUUUUGAUUUAUUUAACAAACCCAUUACAAUCUUUGCAAAGAUUAUCUUUUAUAUUGGAAGAAUACGGGAAAGUAUCAGGGUAUAAAUUAAAUUGGGAUAAAAGUGAAAUUUUACCCCUUACCAAAGGAAAUUAUAAUCAAUGUCGAUUAGUAACUCAAUUUCGAUGCUCAAUAAAUGGGAUAAAAUAUUUAGGAAUCAGAGUUGACAAUGAUGUAAAAAAUUUAUAUAAACAAAAUUGUUUGUCAUUAUUAAAAAAUAAAAGAGGAUCUUGAUAAUUGGAUGAUGUUACCAAUAACAUUAAUAGGUAGAGUUAAUGCUGUAAAAAUGAAUAUAUUCCAUAGAUUGCAAUAUUUAUUCCAAACUUUACCAAUACAAUUACCGCAGAAGUUUUUUCAAGAACGAAAUAAAUAUGUAAGGAAAUUUCUUUGGAAAGGAAAGAUGUCAAGAAUAUCAUUGGAAAAAUUGAGAUGUAAAUUUGAUUUAGGAGGGUUACAACUUCCAAAUUUUAAGAAUUAUGAUAAAGCAAAUCAACUUAGAUUUAUUGCAUCUUUUUUUGAUGAAAAAAAAAACCCGGCAUGGAUUAGAAUAAAAUUAGAUAAGAUAGGAGAAAACAUACCAGAAGAUUUUACAUAUAAAUGGGAAUCCAAAUUGAUACGGGAAAAAAAAAAGAAUCUCCUAUAUUAAGACACUUGAUUGAUUUAUGGAAUAAGGUAAAUAUGGACGAUAAGAUGAAGAAAUCUUUAUUAGCAAAAACAAACUUUAAUUCAAAAUAGGCUUAUUCCUUUUACAAUGGAUAAUAAACUUUUACAUAAUUGGUUCCAAAAGGGGAUUAAAUAUAUACGUAAUUGUUUUGAAGGAGGUAUAUUGAUGUCGUUUGAUCAAUGAAAAAAUAAAUAUAAAAUAUCAAACAACACUCUUUUCUCUUAUUUUCAAUUAAAGGACAAUUUACGAGAAAAGCUGGGUCAAACAAUGUUGAUGCCAAAACUUAGUGAAAUAGAAAUAUUAAUUCAAAAAGGAAAAAUUUAAAAAAUUACAUCUUGUAUGUACAAUUUGAUUCAAAAACAGACUGAAUCUGGAAUUCAUAAAUCAAGACAAAAGUGGGAAACCGAUUUGAAUGUUAAAAUUGUUGGAAAAAGUUGGUCAAGAUUAUGUUCUGAUAGUAUGAUAAAUACAAUAAAUGUUCAAAUUAGAUUAAUACAAUAUAAUUUUUACAUCAAUUAUAUAUAACACCACAGAAAAUAAAUAGAUCAAAUUCAAAUAUGUCUGACCAAUGCUUUCGAAGUAAUCAAGAAAUUGGUACUUUUUUACAUUCUACUUGGUCUUGUUUU